AACUUGUUGGCGCGGUUUUUCGUUAAAACAUACGUGGGGGGAUUGAAAUGCCAGAUAGUAGUGAGGUUUCUGGUGGUGUUCGACAACAAAAUACUUUAUUUCUAUCUUUAACAGAUCCUUCUCAUCUAAUCUCAUACCGAAAAUGUGGAGAAAGAUGAAGAUAAUCUCUGUACGCAAGAAUGUAUCUGGUGAUACGAAUAUGAAAUUUAGGCCUAUUGCAAUAACUUCACCCUUCCUCAAAACAAUGGAAAAAUUAUUGAUACUUCCACUUCAGCCCACGAUAAAAGAGCACACUAAUCCGUAUCAGUUUGCUUACAGAUGCAAAAGAAGUACCUUAGAUGCCGUUGCUGUUCUGCAUCACAGUAUAGUGUUCAACUUGGAAAAGGGAAAGUAUGUUCGCUGCGCUUUUCUGGACUAUACUUCUGCUUUUGAUUCUAUACCAAGACAACGUUUAAUUAACAAGUUAAUCAGCGUCAAAACUGACAGCCGGAUAACCAACUGGCUAUGAUCCUACAUCUGGAAGGGAACAGUACACUAUGUUUGGAGGAAAAUGUUCAGAGAGUGCACCACAAGGAGCUGUUCUUUCACCUCUUUUCUCUUUUUCUGCAUGAUCUGCUAUCUUCCACAGUAAACACUUUUGUGAAAUAUGCGGAUGUUCUCACUGUAUGUAUGCCUAUCUCUGCCUCUUUACAUCCCAUAGAAAUGAAUGAGUUUUUGUCUCGUAUUGAUUGUUGGUCUGUUGUUAAUGGUCUCAUACUUAAUCCGUCUAAAUGUCAGAUUGUUAACUUUAGCAUUAGGCAUGAACGGCAUCUGAACUCCACUUUGGGAUCCCAUAUUGCUUGUACCAUUGGAGACUGAUAAACACGGUGUCGAAGGUCAAUUUUAUUGGUGUUACCUUUUCCUCUGAUCUCUCUUGGUCUUCUCACGUUUUAUUGUUAUUGAAGAAAGUUUUCCGUCUGACUUACUACAUAAAGAAACUGCAUGCUCUUGGGGUUACUCGUCAUUUACUCUUACAAUUUGUCAAUUCUUGCAUAUUACCUAUUAUUCUCCAUUAUUCUUUCCCGGACUUUUGAAAAAAGACUUUGCUGUAUUGCGGAGAGUACUAGAGGCAGUUAGCAAGGUGUGUGGUGAAUCUUUCGAGGUCAUAUUUAAUAUGGUUGUGGAUAGAGAUCUCAAGUCAGGCAAAUUCCUGGCAGGUGUUAUUUUAUCAGAUACUAGCCAUCCCCUUCACACUUAUCUUUCUCCUUGUAUAUCUUCUGGUAGAACAAGACGUAGUUACAUUAAAAUCCAUGCACGCAAGCAAAAGUAUAAAAGUUCUAUAAUACUUUACCUAGCAAAUAUACUCUUUGACGAACAGGUUGUUAGAGUUAACCUAGUCAAUAACCUGCAUUCCUAACCUGUCUCUAAUUUGGAAAGUUGUACAGUGUUUCAGAUUUUUUUAACCUUUUUCCCUUUCUUUUUUGUCUUUGUCUUUGUUUUUUUGUAAAGGAAGCUUGUUGAAAUAACCUGUGCUGAGAAUUGUAUAUUGUACCCAAAUAUAAUAUUGAAUAAAGCCACUAAUAAUAACUGGGAGUGGUUAUAUAAAUUUUUAUUGAACACUGAAACAUAGUUUGCUGAGCUAAUCGCCUAUUACUCUUAUAAUGAACAACUCACCUGUAAAACACAUAGCAAGUUGCAUGAAACGAUAAGUAACUUGAAUAUCUGUAUUCAGUCCACCUUGACAUCCUACGUCAGUUAAAUGGACAUGUAUGCAUCAUUCUAGUAAGAGAAUAAUUGUUUUCUGCACUUUUCACCAAGUUGUAUGCUUCUGCUUGUAUCACUUUAGCUUAAGAAUUGUUUUCUUAAAAUGUCUUCAUAUUUUACAGGGUCGUUUAAAGUCUGACUAUGUCAAUACUGCUAUGUACUUUGCUCGUUUGGGAACGCUGUUCUGCUGUGUCGUAUUCUUCUUUGCGCCAAUUUUUUCCCGUUUGCACCCGUCAGAUCUGGAGGUUUGGUAUCGAAGAGCAUUGUUAGCAAGUGCGGCGACUUCAGCCCUACGUCUACAUCAACGAAUAAAAAGUUUGAAUACAGGUUUCUCUCGAGAAGUCCUAGAGGUCUUAAUUUCUGAGGAUUCUUCUCAUUACUUGCUGUUUUCCAUUAUGUUUGCUGUAUUACCACCAGUUACAGUUUCUUUGGUGCCGAUCUUCUUAUUCGCCCUUUUACAUGCGGCCAGCUUCACGAGAGUUCUUUUAAAUACAUCUGUUUCUCUGAAUGGCGGCGGAACGAGUGAUGGUUUGGAUGCUUCAGUUGCUUCAUCGAAUAUGUCAUGUAUACAUCAAAUAAUACAAAAAUCAAUUGAUAAAGUGAAAGCACAUGACCAAAAUAUCUUACGUAUCAUAGCCUUAAAUGAAAUCAUGUUGAUGGUAAUCUGUAUAUUUAUGGCUGUUUCUGGACCUAGAAUUUUUGUCCUCCCCUUUAUUUAUUAUCCGUUCUUGAAAAUGCGUUAUAAUUCAAGACGUAAUCCUUAUACUCGUAACGCAUUUUUGGAACUGCGUAUAGCACUUCAGAAUGUAGCUUAUCAUUCUAAGUGUCCAGCACUUAUUUCGCGUAUAAUUUAUGGUCUCAUCAAUAUUAUAUCUCGUUUGGGAACAAGCGGUUACGCUAGAAAUUAGAUUGGGAUCCACCUGCUGGUGUUUUUUCUGUUUUUCGUGGUCUUUUUGUUACGUUGUGAUUGGAUUAUUUUGGUCAUUCAAUAUCAACAUCGAUCAGCUACCACUUGAAGAAAAUAUUCAAAUGAGUUCGUCUUCACUUCAUUUGUAUAAUCUACUUGUAUUUCAUCAUUCAUUUUACUACUUAUUUGUCCUUGCUAUCCUCAACAAAAAGUAACUUUGACAAUUGAUAUAUAUAUAUAUAUAUAUAUAUAAUUUUCGUGUAGUUUCACAAUCUAAUAUAUACGAAAUUGUUCUCACUUGUUGUGGUCAUUUGGAUCUUUCACUGAACAUUAUAUCUGUAAAUUUACAUAUACUUUUUGCUGCAACUUUCUAAGUAAUACUCAGCGGUUUUUGUUGUAAUUUAAAGGAACCUAUUUCAGAAUUCUAGGUCAUUUCAUUUUUCAUGCUUAUGUUAAGCUCUGGUCUCAUUCUUUUCAACAAUCUCUUCACUCGUUCUCUACUCGAUUCAUUUUAUCGAAUGGCCGUUUUUUCCUACGGAUAUCAGUUACAGUCGAAAUGACUUAGUCGUCAAAUUGUUAUCGUGUCAUUCAAAGUCAUUUUGUAAAAAUAUGCGUUUUGACUGAGCUGUUUGCUUUUUAGAUGUUUCUAGUAUACUGAUAGCUUGUUUA